AUGCCUGGCGCAUCAGAGCCCAGAGCCCAUGGCAGCUCGACUCUUCAGAAAGAAAUAAGGGACACAAGGAAGCGUAAGGCGUCUUCCGGCAGUGAGAAGGCAGAAGGAAACCAGCAAAGUCAGAAGGCAAAGGAUCUUCCAGUGGAGAAGGCAGAAGGAAAGAAAGAGAGCUGCACCGAGAAAAUGAAAGACAAGGACAAAGACGUGUCAAUCAUGAUAGAGGAGGACCAGGAGAGGACCAAGACGCAGAAGGAGAAGGAAGUGCCAAAAUUGAGGAAACAUGGAGAGCAGGAUGAACCAAAGAAGGAAGAAGAUGCCCAGAAACUGAAGAAUAAGCAGAAAUCUAAAAGUGAGAAGGGUGAGCCAAAGCAAGCCCAGCAUGACAACAAACAGAAGAAAAGGAAAGCGGACACGGAGCCUACAGAGGAGAAGAACGAGCUCCAGAAAGUCAAGCCAAAAAAUGAAAGGGGAAAGGAGGACAGGAAGCCUACAAAGGCAAAGAAAGAUGAAAUGGAUGAGGAAAGGAACCGCGCAGAGGAGAAGAAUGAUGAGGUGCAGCAAGUCGAAGAUGGCAAAGACAUGAAGAAGGCUGCGCAAGCCUUCCGUGGCAAGUACUCUGUGGAGGGUACGUUGUUGCCCAAUGCCGAUUCCGAGGUACCUGAAGACGAUGCCGCACUAAGUAUAGAUUCGCGGCUGGGCAACCGGGCACAGGCGAAGCCGAGCAGUAAACGACUGGAGCAGGAAUCAUCAGCCGGCCCAGGAAUGUAUGCAAAGAUUCCAGAAGACAGGACUGCAGAGGUUGCCAAAAAGUACCAUGUCUACAAGAGCCAGGAUCAUUUGGACGCCUUCCAAUCGGUGUAUCGCCGUUUGCGACGCACCGGCCUAUAG